UGUAAUGCUGACGUCACACUUUCAUUUAAUGCAAUACAAAUGUAUGAUGAAACAACAUAUAGAACAACAUUGCCAACGUAUACACCACCUCCUUGGAUAGAACCAUAUGUGGAUCCCACGACACCACGUAAUGUUACUGCUUUAAUGGGAAAGACUGCAUUUUUGAAUUGUCGUGUUAUUAAUUUGGGAAAUAAAACUGUAUCAUGGAUACGACAUCGUGACUCACACAUUCUCACCGUUGGCACAUACACCUACACAUCAGAUUUACGCUUUCAAGCGUUACAUUUUAGUGAAAUUGGUGAUUGGACGUUACAAAUCAAAUGGGUACAAAAACGGGAUGCCGGAACGUAUGAGUGUCAGAUAUCUACUCAACCGGCAAGAAGUUAUUUUAUUCAUCUAAAUAUUGUUGUGCCAACGGCCAGCAUCUACGGCGGUCCUGACCUUUAUGUCGACAAAGGUAGCACCAUAAAUCUAACAUGCACCGUGAAGUUUUGCCUUGAGCCACCUGCCUAUGUAUUUUGGUAUCAUCACGAAGAGCUCAUUAAUUACGACUCAACCAGAGGCGGUGUUUCUGUGGUAACCGAGAAAGGCGAUAUAACGACGUCUUAUCUGCUUCUGCAAAAUGCAGAUUUGGCCGAUUCCGGUAAAUAUUCGUGCGCACCGUCAAAUGCAGAAAUUACCAGUAUACGUGUACAUGUAUUGAGUGGUAAGUUUGUAUGA